AGUUUACCAAGAGCAUACUGUCUGUGGCACCCCAGUCUACUCCAGGAAGUAAACAACUCGCUCUACUCCGUCUGUCGCACGCACACUGUGAGCCGGCGCACUAAUCACACGAAGACGCGGACAUAAGGAUUGACAUCAUGAAGAUUGCAUCCUUUAAUGUCCAGCGUCUCGGCUCGAGUAAGCUGUCAGAUGAAAAUGUAGUACCUUAUCUCAUAAAGAUUGUGUCUCGUUAUAGCAUAAUUGUGAUUCUUGAAGUAGUGGACAAGAAAGGAAAGGCCAUGGAAACAUUCCUGCAGAGGCUGAACAGCACAGGCGCUAACAAGAAGCAUCCUUACCGCAUGGAGAUGAGUUCCAGUCUGGGCCGCUCACUUUACAAGGAGCAGUUUGCAUGCCUCUACAGACCAGACCAAGUCAAACUGAUCGACACAUACCAAUAUGAGGACAACCAGGAAGGAGACGAGGAUGCCUUCUCACGAGAGCCCUUCAUCCUGCGUUUCAGCUUAUCUAACAUGAUGGUAAAUGACCUGGUAUUGAUCCCAGUCCACACAAAGCCCAAAGACUCUCAGAAGGAAAUAGAUGAGCUGUAUGAUGUGUGCAUGGCUGUUAAGAAAAAAUGGCAUACUGAAAAUAUAAUGUUCCUGGGUGACUUUAACGCUGAUGGUGCGUACGUCUCCAAGAAAAAGAUGAAGAAAAUCAGGAUUCGUACUGAUGAAGAUUUCCACUGGCUGAUCGGGGACGAUGUGGACACCACAGCCAGCCUGUCCAAUGACUAUACAUAUGACAGGAUUGUGGUGUACAAGGACAAGCUGUUGAAGGCAGUAGUGAAAAAUUCAGCAAAGCCCUUUAAUUUCCAUGAGGCCUAUAAGUUGUCAGUGGAAACGGCUCUGGAUAUUAGUGAUCAUUACCCAGUGGAGGUGAGCCUGAGGAGAAAACCUGUAAAGAGACCCAGAAGCGAUUCCAAGGCAGCAAAACGCAGCAAGCUAAUAUGAAGGAACUCGACUUAUUCACAUGCACAUGCUUAUAUUUUUUUCCUCAGAAUCCCACAUCGGCUUUCAGUGGCAGCUUUUUGCAAAACAAAUAAAAACAUAUUGCCUAAUUUAAUUAAUAAUUAACUCAUAGGCUGUGACUUUAUGUAUGUAGCAUUUUAAUCCUCCUUUGGAACUAUGUACUGUAUAUUUGUGAAUUGAGCUAUGUUAGAAGAUUCAAGAUUCAAUGAACUUUAUUAAUCCCAGAGGAAAUUUUUUUUUAAAUGUUUUUGUGGUAAAACAUUUUAGUGAUUUUACACAGUCCGUUUGAUAAAUCUGACAAAUAAAACUGAACUUGAAA